UGCAGGGUGAAAUCACAGAGUAUCAACAGCCCAUUGGAGGUGGUGUAAUCGGAUCGGCCUCUGAUAAACAUGAUAGUGUCGGCCAGGCUCGGCAGGGUCACUCACAGGCCUCCGUCGAGAGACGAGGGAACCUCGACACAUUCAGCGCACUGUUUUUUUUUGUUUCGUGGUUGAUCAGAAGUUUAAAGCUUCUCAUGUUUUCCGUCUUGAGUCCUUUUUCCACCCAGUUGGGGAAUGUUCCUGUGUCCUGGAUGGUCUCCGAUGGGGGAUGACGACAGGUCCUUUAUUUACUAGAAGUCAAGUAAACCAGUUCUUCAAGUCCCUGUUGUUCUUAAACCCCCGGCUGCUGAGACGGAGUGUCCAGAUUCCUCUGUGGACUCGCUGCGGGACACUCUCUCCUCCUGACACUCGGCUCCAACAUGGCAUCUCGCCCACGAGCCUCCUCCCAGCCCGGGAAGCUGUCCUUCCUGCAGACCUCCAAGGCGGCGUCCCUCCUGCGGCCGCGGGCCGUCUCCUCGCGCUCGGGCUCCAUGCUGGAGGAGGAGCUGUCCUGUCCCGUCUGCUGCGAGAUCUUCCGGGAGCCCGUGGUGCUGAAGUGCAGCCACAGCUUCUGCCGGGCCUGCCUGCAGCAGUUCUGGAACAAGAAGAAGGCCCGGCGCGAGUGCCCCAUCUGCAGGAGGAAGUGCUCCCUGACGGAGCCCACGGUCAGCCUGGCCCUCAAGAAUGUGGCCGACACCUUCCUGAGGGAGCAGGAGCGCAGGGCGGCCGGGCCCGGGGCCGGAGCAGGGGCCGGGGCCGGGGCGGGGGGGCCAGGAGAGGAAGUGGGGAUCGUGGAGGAUAAAUGCGUCACACACGGGGAAGCUCUCAAGCUUUUCUGUUUCAAUGAUUGUGAAGUCCUCUGCUGCGUGUGUCACACGUCCAAGAAGCACCAGGGACACAGAGUGUGUCCCCUGGAGGAGGGAGCCCAAGACCUCAAGGCGGAGCUGAAGAACGAUCUGGUCCCUUUGAAGAAGAACCUGCGGCGCCUAUAUGAGGCCAAGCAAGAGUGUGAUGACACAACUGUGCACAUCAAGAGCCAGACCCAGGCCACAGAGAGGCAGAUCAGAGAGCAGUUUGAGGAGCUUCGACAGUUCCUGCAGAGAGAGGAGGCCGCUCGCCUGGCAGCCCUGAAGGAGGAGGACGAGGAGAAGAAGGAGCUGGUGAAGAAGAAAUCCGACGGCAUCACCAGAGACAUCCUCACGUUUUCUCACGCCGUCAUUGCCAUCGAGAACGAGAUUGCGUCCAGCGACGCUCUUUUCCUACAGAACUACGCCAACACGAAGAAAAGAGCUCAGAUCCCAGAGAAGAAUCCAGAGAAGGUGUCAGGUGCUCUCAUAAACGUGUCCAGACACGUCAGUUCUCUGAAGUACCAUGUGUGGGAGAAGAUGGUGGAGCUGGUUCAGUACACCCCCAUCACCCUGGACCCCAACACGGCCUACUCCUGGCUGUCCAUCUCCCCAGACCUCACCCGGGUGGCCAACAGCGGGUCUCUGCAGCAGCUCCCGGACAACCCCGAGCGCUUCGGCCACUUCGUCUUUGCGCUGGGUUCGGAGGGCUUCGCCUCGGGGCGCCACGCCUGGGAGGUGGAGGUGGGCGACAAGGUGGACUGGAUGCUGGGGGUCGUCAAGGGCUCCAUCGACCGGAAGGGCCGCAUCUCGGGCUGCCCCGAGGGCGGCUUCUGGAUGAUCUCGCACUACGAGGGCGAGUACUCCGCCAUGACGAGGCCGAGCACGCCGCUGCACCCGCACGGGGAGCUGACGCGGGUCAGGGUGCAGCUGGACUACGACGCCGGCGAGGUGGUGUUCUCCAACCCCGUCAGCAUGACGCCCAUCUACACCUUCACCGACCUCUUCACCGAGAAGAUGUUCCCCUUCUUCUGCCCCGGGGCCAACAUCAACAACAACAACCCCAAACCCCUGAAGAUCUGCCCCGUCAAGGUGGCCGUGUGGAACAGCGCCACCUGGUAAUCUGGGAAAAAAAUCUGAGGACACAUGAGAUGUGAAUCAUUACACUUUUAACCUCGUUCUUCACAUUAUGAUCCCAAAAAGUGUAUUUGCGCCUCUGAUCUGCUGACCAACAAACCAGAGCCCGAUUUUCACUUCAUUCUCAAGACAAAUGGUUUCAUGUCUCCUGCUGAGGACUGAAAACCAGUUGAAGGAUUCACUGCUAUCAACACUGGAGCUCUGCUUUUCCCCUAAUCGGCCCUUUGAUGAUAGCACAAGUGGUGAAAAUCGAAAUGUCGCCUUGAACUGUGCCUCGUCUCAUGUGACCUUUAUCUGAUCUGGAAGCGCGAAACGUCGACGCGAGCCGCCUUAUCAGAGCCUCGAGUUCAAGUUAUGUCUUUGUUGUAACGUUGAGAAUUGCUGUAGUCGCUGGGAUUCAAGUUCAAGAAUUCAGAAGAGCAAGAUAAUGCAGAUUGAAACAUGAGCAUGAGGGGGAGAUUGGGAAAAACUGUUUUGCAUGUACGGCUCCAAGAAGAAUCUGACUGAAGAUAAACGCAGCUGUAUAUUGAACCAAACUCCUCACACGGGAGCUUGUUUACAGGAUUUUUUUUUUCCUUCCAUAACGCAGAAGAAGUAAAAUGAAGUCGAGCCUGUAAAAUGAAAAGAAAUAAAUCUAAUUUUAAAAAAAAAAUGU